UAAAAGACAUCGUUCAAAAUAAAACACAUAUAAUUUGUGAUCAGAUUUCAUCCAGUACUGCAUUUUUUUUAAUUAUCCAAAAUGAAAACCGCUUUGAUCGUUUUAUUGGCUUUGGUUGCCAUUGCCGCAGCCCAAGUUCAUGUCGUGGAUCAUAAUCCGUCAGAAGUCCACGUGGUCGACCGUAACCCCUACGAAGUACACGUUGUAGAUCGCAAUCCAUCAGAAGUACAUGUGGUCGACAAUAACCCUAGUGAAGUUCACGUGGUAGAUCACGACCCUUCGCAAGUGCAUUUUGUGGAUCACAAUCCGUCAGAUGGACUCAACAACCCCGAUGGCUUCGUCGUUGACCAAGGUUUCUACAGACCAAGCAACCCUCCCAACGGUGGCUAUGAACAAAUAAGCAAUGGACCAGCAUACGUUGACUUCGGAAACCGCCCGUCCGCUGGCAAACAUUACGACAACCCCAACCUUCGCGGAGGAAAGUAGACAACCUCGAGCCUUACGCACUAUAACAUCUUCAAAAUAUAAAUAAG